AUGGAUUAUAAAGGAAGCUGCCAUUGCGGCGCUGCCACAUUCAGCUUCAGCCUGCCUGCUGACAUUUACGAGAUAGAAGUCUCCAGCUGCAACUGCUCAAUCUGCUCGAAGAACGGCUAUCUCAUGGUCUACCCAAAAGCCGCGGACAUGACCGUCCAUCCUUCCGAGGACGUUGUGACGGAAUACCGCUGGGCAUCGAAGCAAUACCCGCACUGUUUUUGCUCGAGAUGUGGGACCAGUCUCUAUGCCAAGGGUCCUGAGGGGAGUGAUAUGAGAGCAGUUAAUGCUCGUACUAUUGACGGGAUAGAGCUGGAGAGGCUGAAAUUGAAGCGCGUGGAUGGAAAAAGUAUUUGA